CGCAUGAUUGUGACGUCAAAUACCGGAGCCUUCUCGCGCCUCUAAAAUGAAGUGACCUUUCUCUUUCGCCCUGAUACUGAAGCGGUCCGCCCGACCGGCACGAGCAGAAUAUCGCAUCCCGCAAGGUGAAGAGCUUCCUCACACGGUUUAAAAGGUAAAUAUGGGUGACGUUGAAAAGGGAAAGAAGGUUUUCGUCCAGAAGUGCGCCCAGUGCCACACAGUUGAAAACGGAGGCAAGCACAAAGUCGGUCCAAAUCUUUGGGGUCUUUUUGGUCGCAAGACUGGUCAGGCAGAGGGGUUUUCCUACACAGAUGCCAACAAGAGCAAAGGCAUUGUCUGGGGUGAAGAUACCUUGAUGGAAUAUUUGGAGAACCCCAAGAAGUACAUUCCAGGCACAAAGAUGAUCUUUGCUGGGAUCAAGAAGAAGGGCGAGAGAGCAGACCUUAUUGCAUACUUAAAGUCAGCCACAUCAUAAUACAGACGGAGAACGAGGAGGCGGCAAUAUUUAAAUUAAAUGUUUGUAGUUUGGAUUCGAAUGUCUUUAACAGUAUCUAUUCAGAAGGUGUGACAGAUCAGGUGGCCAGGAUUAUUCAUCAUAACAUGGCAUGCUUCUAAAGCCAGUCCAUUUUAGCAGUGAAGAUGUCCAUUUCUUUGUUUGUCCAUGCAAUAGUGAGAGUCAAGUUACUGCAGGUCCCUAGUGUUUCCACUGAGGGAAUGAAAUAUGUGUCCCCUGGUUUCACAGGAGCUGUUGUACAUUAAAUUAUUAAAAUAUACUGGUCCCUGUAAGUAUUUGGAUUGCAUUGAGUUGACUGAACAAGCAGCAUGCUUAUUGGUAGUUGGUUGUAACGAAUGGAUUUCAUCUGUCAAAUAAAACAGUCAAAAUGG